CCACGAACCAGCGCUCAUUUCAGUGCUUUCCUUCCCACAAUUUCUUUCCAACUUUUUCCUGCUUCACCCCCUUUAUCUUCUUUUCUCUGCAACCUCCUCCUAUCUUCCGUUUCUUUUACUUGUCAUCUGUAUAUUUAUAACGCCAUAUUUUUAAACGUUUUAAAAGAAGAACAACUUAAAAGGGGUAUUGAAAUUAUGGAUUGCAUGGAAGCAAAAGCUUUGAAAUCCAGUCUGCUUUCGGAUAUAGGGGUGAUGAAACCAAGCCAACAACAAGGUUUUGUUGAUGAUAUAUGGUGUGUGACUGGACUCAACAACGUUUCCUGUGAUGAUUUUUCGGUUGAUGAUCUUCUUGACUUCUCUGAUAAAGAUUUUAAGGAUGGCCCUCUUAAGGAAGAUGAAGAUUUUAAGGACACCCUUUCCCUCUCUUCUUCGCAACAUCAUCAUCACCACCAUCACCGCAACUCCAAUUUUUCAUCUUUUUCCGAAACUGACGAUUUUGGCUCAUUACUGGCCGCCGAGCUUGCUGUUCCGGCAGAAGAAAUGGAGAAUCUGGAGUGGUUAUCUCAAUUUGUCGAUGAUUCCCGUUCAGAAGUAUCUCUGUUAUGUCCCGCCGGAAGUUUCAAGGACAACAAAGGAAGAUUGACGGAAAAAUGGUCUGAACCGGCGGUUCAUAUGAUUAGAGUGCCAUGUUUUCCUUUGCACGUUCCGGUUAAACCGAGAAGCAAACGGUCGAGGCCAAAUGGCAGAGUUUGGUCAGGGUCGCCUUCUUUGACUACAACCGAGUCGUCUUCGACGUCGUCGUCAUCAUACGGGUCCUCCGCGUUGUCUCCUUUUAUUUUAUCGAACCCGGUUCAGGACAGUGAAACGCUCUCAAGCGUUGAAAAACCCCCGGCUAAGAAGCAGAAGAAGAAACCGGCUACCGACACCGGUUCCGGGUCGAUUGGUUCGCAGACGUCACGUCGGUGCAGUCAUUGCCAGGUUAAUAAGACGCCACAAUGGCGAACCGGUCCUUUGGGUCCCAAAACGUUAUGCAACGCAUGCGGGGUUCGGUAUAAGUCCGGUCGGCUUUUUCCUGAGUACAGACCGGCUUGUAGUCCGACGUUCUCUCAAGAGGCUCACUCGAAUAGCCACCGAAAAGUUUUGGAAAUGCGGCGGAAGAAGGAGGCGACCGGCCAUGUAGAGGCCGGCUUGACUCCAAUGGUUUCGAGUUUUUGAGGUUUUGGUUUGGGUUGAUAAGAUUUGGUAGUGAACCGGUCAGGGUCAUAGGGGUUCGGUUAGGUAUAAGCUUGGCUGCGAUUAUAAAAUGUACAAUUUUGUUCGGUGGACUGAUUCGCAGGCGUUAGAUUUGAAGGGUAACUGAGGAAGGUUGUUUUUUUUAGGCCAUUUAUUUCCAUACAAGUAUAUUAUUUUCCUUGUAAUAUAGUAGGUGAUAUUUAUUUUGCAGUUUGAUUUUUACUCCAAAUAGUGAUGUACUAAUGGGAUCUUAAUUAAUUUAGAAGUUACUCUACUUUUUUUUU